CAGAUCCUACGCAGACAUCAAGAACCAUUGGCACCUUCGCUGCGUUGGAGUUACACUUGAGAAUGAAGCGGAGUUCCAAUCCUUCUCCGUGUAUUUGGCUUGUGGAAUUGGUUUGCCACAAAACAGCAACGUGGAGGUCCCUGAAUGAGUGUCCAGGAGUGUCUUCGACUGGUUUUUAUAUCCUCCCCAAGAGCCGUGUGCACAGAAGCCCCUGUGUGGUGCAGCACAACAUCCAGCCAUUUCGCCUGCCCUGCUGGGGGCGUGAGAGACCCUUUCGGCCUGCAAGAGAGGUGACUCUACACCCCUUCCUGGGCCGCUGUUUCUGCAUCCACAGCCUCCAGGUAAUCUGUAACAGGAGCAUGGCCCAGAGCAUGGGUCACCUUGAGUUCUUGCUGCUCAUGUGCAAUGAACACCUCGAACUGUGGGGACCAGGUGGGAAGAGAGAGAAAGCAUGAGAAAAACCCCCGCACCAAACAAAGCAGCCUGUAGUUUCCCUCGCUCUUGCACUUGGGCACAAACUAGUCUGCAGACACAGGAAAGAAGAGGAGGGCUGACAAGAGUAUUUACCCACUUGCUUUGGGGACCGGCAGAAAAGGCCCCGAACUGGGGACAGAAGACAGAAGAAAAAGGUUCGGUGCUACUGAGCAUGAUCAUGCGCCCAUGGGAAAAGACAGGAGGGAUUAGGGAAACCCAUUCCCAGAAUCCUUCCGGUUUCCAACAGUGAGCAACAGGGGAGGCAAAUCUGUUUAGAUCAAAUAGCCAGCAACCCAAAGCCGCCCUAGAAACUCACAGGCAGCGUGUGGGCAGUUCAGAGAUCUUUGACUGCCGCUUCCAUCCGGCCUCUGGGUCUCCAGGCUCUGAGCAAGCCCACGAGCAGCGGAACCUCAUGACACCGGCCCAGCCAAAAGCUCUGGGAAUCUCCCGUCACUUUCCCAGGCCAGUUUUUUGCAGCACCAAGGGGCUUUGAUGGGCUCUGCAAAGAGUGGAACCAACCCCCCUCCUCCAGUCUUUAUCAAUUGACCCAUCCUGCCUGCUCCCUCCCCCAUGCCUGAUGCUGCUUCCACCAGACAAUACAGACACCCUGCAGGGAAGCAGACGGGGAAGGAGUGGAGUCUCCCUCAGGGCCUCCUAAACUAGCUGCUAUUAUCUGCAGGAACUGUGCCAUGGGUGCCACAUACAGAAACACCCACCCAAGCCACGGUGAGUAACCCCGUCCUGCAGCUGUACAUUCCCUCUGGGGGUUGACGUAGAUGUUGUAUGACUCCGUGCCUGUUCGAAACAACGCUGACGGGGUAGUGCAGCAGCCACGUUCCUCCCCAGAGCUGGCUGCAUUUUAGUUCUCAACCAAGCAACGUACGUUCAAGAUCCUGGGAGCUUUGCCUGGUUGUGGACUGCGGAUCGGAGACAUUGGCUUGCAAGGUGCUUUGAGAUCCUUCUGAUACAUUCCGGAGCCCGGGUGUCUGACUGCAUCACUUCUGUUGGAAGGCGGAUUCGGGGAGAUUUCUCAUUCGCUCCAGAACUAAGCAUGCCCUGCUGAAGACUAUGGCGGGGAGGGGAUGGAGGUAUUUACUCUUUGGGCAAGUCUUCACAGGGGAGUCAUUUCGAAAUAACUCCCCUUCUUUCGAAACAAGGUGAGCAUCCACACAGCCGGUUAUCUCGAAAUGAUUUCAAAGUAACGGGCUGGUUAUUUCGAAAGAACAACUCCAGCUUGUGAGGAACAGCGCUUAUUUCACAACUGUUAUUUCAAAACAGUGGUAGCGUGGAUGCUCCACUGUGGCUAUUUCGAAAUAAUGACUUCCCAGAGUCAUUCGAAGUCAUUCCUCUCAGGCUUCUUUGUCGGGUGGACAUGCUAUUCCGAAGUGUUUAUUUCGGGAGUUAUUAUUACAAAAUAAUUUCCCGGUGUAGACAAAGCCAUAGGUUGUCAUCUGUGUAGAAGAGCAGAACUCUCGACCUGAGAGUUAUGUUCAUAAGGUUGAGCCAAGGCCUUGAUUAACUAAGUGCGUUUUCUCACGGUGAGGGAAGUCAGGGGUCAUCAAGUUGCCAUGGGAACAGUAGGGGAAAAAACAUGAAUGGGAGGAAACUUCAGAGAGGAGCUGAAUGGCUGCACAAAGAAAAAGCCACAUGGAAGACUGGAAAUGCUGCACAGGUGGCCAGAAGUCCAGGGAGCAACUUGGAACAUCCAAAUAUCAUCUCUCUGCCCGCUUCAAUGCAGAAAGAGCUGACUGGUUCCUGUUGGACAGCCGGGUGAUUCGGCACGUGGCCAUUGGCCUGUUCUGCUGUGGCAUCUCCGUCUAUUUGGCAGCUCUCUCCCUCUACAUGCUGCUGCUGUUUGAAAUCGAGACCGGCAUCACCAGCGCCUGCAUCCUGUCCUCGGGGAUCAUCGUCCUGCUGAUCACGGUGACGCACGCCCUCGUCCGGGCUUCCCAAGCCUCGCGGCGCAGCCAGGCCGAGCUCUGCCGUACCCUCUACGAGAACGACUCCGCCCGGCGCAGCAACGCCCCCGCCAGCGACCUCAACAACAGCAAGAACGUGGCCGCCGCCCGCCCGCGGCCAGAGAUCCACCGAGAGUUCUCCUACCCGCCGUACCUCGAGCAGAAGUCCCACCUGGCCUCCUCGGCCAGUCACCUGGCCUCCUCGGCCAGCGGCAGCUUCACCUUGCCAGGGAGCCACAGGCCGCUGACCGAGAAGGAUUGCUGCAGCCUGCCCCGGACACACAGGACGCUGUCGGCCGAGCCCGGCCUGCUGCAGGUGCAGGGCAAGCCCUGGAACAGUGUCACCCAGGAGAUGAGGAAUGUUUUGUCCCGGAAGCCAGGAGCCUCUGGGAAAGAUUCAACUUUGGUAUGAAGGCUGGAGGGGGGACGGUUCGUCCCAGCACAUUACAGGGGUGCGGCCAAGAUCUGUAUCUCCCGUUAGCCCUUGACGCGGGCCACUCCCGUCCCGACCCCACCUGAACAGCUGCGAUCCCUGCCCGGGAGCUCACUCAGACAUUGGGCAACGCGAAACCCACCGUCUUCCCCAAAUAAAAGGGCCUUGGUGAGCCCUCCUGCACUGCGAUAGAGGGGUGUCGAGUUCUAAAAUUAUAUCAUACUCCUCCUGCGGUCUGGUGGAUGAUGUGAGUCCUUUCCCAGCUGGGCUGGGGCUGCCGUUAGCCAGCCUAACGGGCCGGCACUUCCAGCUGGAAAGGUGGCUCUAUAAAACUCCAGCCUGCUGCAUUCUGCCUCUUGCAUCCCCCUCCCGGGAGGAGAGAUCCUACCCUAGUAACGCAGAAGGGGAGGCAGGAGGCCAAACUAGGCCCACGACAGCGUGACAGAACUAAGAGGCACCAAAUCACAGGGCAGGGACCGGGGGUGUCACUCGUCGGAUGAGCGCCGCACUUCAGUGUCUCAUUUCCUGUUCCCUCCUGGGCCCGGCUGAGCGGGGAGCAGCGUUCCCCCCAAGCGGUGCCCUUGUGCGGCCGUUCAGCAGCGCGUCAAAUGUGGAUUAGCAGAGUGCCCGCAGCCAGGUUUGUCUUUCUGCAUCCACACACGCCUCGGGGCGCCAAGAGGCACGUAUUCCGCGCACGGAUGGGAAAAACCCGCACGUGGAUGCUACGGAUUCAAGGGAAUAUUGGCUGGGAGGGGCAGACGGGAACGGACAGGUUCAGCCCGGCGCAAUGGCAUUCAUCACUUAUAGUGGUGGGGAGAGGGGGAAAAACACCCACCACCAGUAUCAGCUCCAAGGGAGUGGCCUAACCUAUGUUGUCUUCUCCAACCCAGCUCCCGUCCUCACCCCCGGUUUUUUGCCCUUCUGCUCCCACUGCAGCCUGCUCCUGUUAUUCCUCAGCUACGCUACAGGGCUUCCGACAGUUCAUAGGGAAGACCCGCUCCAAAGCACGGCUUGCUAUCCCCCACGGAGGGGGGCAACCGGCCACGGGAGCAGGGGCCGGGAGUCGACCCAGCUGGAGGGUUCAACUGAGGGAGAGGGGGUUGGAAGUUGGGUGGAGGGAGAGGAGCCUGCUGCUCUCUGACCUGGCCUUGCCCAACGUUCCUUGCGGUGUCCUGGCUUAGAGCACAGACACGCUUCAGUCGCAAGGCUGCCCGGGGCGCGGUGGUUAUGCACACAGGGCGAGGAUUGACGGGGAGCCAGCAGGUGAAACAAGAGCCCUCUUUGGUGCAGUUGCACUGUGAGUACCAGAGAGAAAUGUACAAUCGGAAAGACAAACACAGCAGAUGGGGCUGGUUACCGAGAGACACCCCCCCAUCCCCUACCAGGCUUUUAAAAGGAAUCUGAUUCACUGCUGUUUUACUGUCACUUAUCUCCCUCGCUUCCCUGGUGUUUUAUGCCAGGAGUCCCAGCACAAUCAAUAAGUAAAAUCAUGAAGGUUCCUGCCCUGCCAUCCGCAAGCUUCCUGCCAGGCUGCCCAACCCAGCAACGCAAUGGAUUGAUUGGGGCUCCUGGCCGCGUUCUUUGGGCGCUAGCGUUAGGAGCGAGACAGCCAUUCAGCAAGAGGCCUGGCCUCGCAAAGAGCAAGGGGAGAGCAAGGCCUCGUUUCUGGGUCAGCAAACCUUGUGCGUCACACUCUUAACACACCUCUGUGUCCCUGAACACAAGCCACUGGCUGAAAUACAGUGUCUCUUUUGAAAGGGGGGUGUGAUUGAUCUGGGUUAUUUAGCACUCUCAGGAAAUGCCAGGCUUUUUCAAGUUUCAAAUCCCCUUAAGCACCUUCCUUCCCAGCCCUUGGAAAACCACCUGCUUGUUAAAUGCCUUUCCACUGAAAAGGAAAAUGGGAGUUGUCAGCUCCAAUGGAAAAACAAAACUUAACGCCUCUUUUCAACUGCCAAGCUGUGUACAGCCUCCUGCCUCACAUCUUUAUGAUAUAUCAAGGCAGCCUUUGAGGAGGUAAGGGGGGAGGGGUUGGCUUCUUUUUCACAUUAGAAGAACCAGGUCUUGAUGUCUUUGUUUUGUUGGAUUACCCAAACGAUGAAGAAAAUCCUAAGCAACCCAGUCCCUCUGCAUUCAUUUUGGGGUUCUACUCCAAUCUAUAACCAGCAAACUCCUGACACACACACAUAAAGCUCUCCUUGAGAAAGGACUGUAUGUCUCCCUCCGCACAACCCCGUCAAUCAAGGGCAGAUGAGUCCCCUUUUCAGUCUCCAGAUGGCCCUCCAGCAAAAGCACAGAAGACUAGACACGAUCGCUCUGGUAUUUCCAAGGCAAAGAGCUAGCAGGAAAGAUAGUUUUUGGCAUUCUAGAAUCAUACAAGGGCAGGAAAGGGCAGAAGCAAACUCAGCAGGCUUCCCCUGGGCAAGAACUUAGGAGCAUGUGCACUGCAUUCCGAAAUUAACCACUGCAUUCUGAAAUUAACCACCCCAUCCCGCAGACUCGGUAAGGGCUGGAUCUAGUCAAUAUCACUGUCCUUGGCUGCAGGGUCUUUCAGUGUGAAGAGGAAUUGUUUUCUAAACAACCUCACACCGGCGGGGCCAGAAACCGUCAAGGGGGGAGAUUUCUCGCCCUAUCCUCUGGCCAAAGACAUCACUGACCUGGAUGAGUGAAAAAGGCAGAGGAAGGCGAGUCUGGUCUGAAAUCAGGAACUGGCUGGUGGAUUCGUGGCGUGCAGGGCAGCAGCGCUGUAAGAAAACAAUCACAUCCACCAAGAGAUAAGGAGAGCAGUGUCCAGGGAGAGAGAGAAAUCAGAGCUUCUCCACAUGCACGGAGACAAGCGUGGCUCAAGGAAUUGUAACUGGAUGACAUGACCAUAACACGGGGGGGGUGGCUAGAGGAGGUUACACGGCUCCCACGCCGCCCUUCCUGGCAUGUUCGGACCCAGAGUCUCUGUACCCUCCUGUCCAAGAACUGUUGGAAUUUGCUCGGCUGGCGGUGUAAAAUCAGUGUGGCCCCAGGCAGGUUGGCAGCAUGGCAAAGUACAAGAGCCCAUAGCCACAAACAGCCGGUAAAGAAAGUCACUUGGCACAGAACCGGCCAUUCGGCCUGCUUCCGC